GCGCACGCGCAGACUCAGGGACGCCAGCGGCGCAGGGACCACAACUCCCAGAGGGCUCUGCGUUCUUGCCGCCGCCGCCGCCGCCGCCGCAGAGACCAAGAUGGCUGGGAGACUCACCGCCUUCCUCAAGGACGUCUGGGCCAAGGAGCCGGUGCUGGUCGCGUCUUUCGCCAUCGGGGGCCUCGCUAUAAUUAUGCCCGCUGUCAGCCCCUUCACCAAAUACGCCACCAUGAUCAACCAGGCCACGCCCUACACCUAUCCAGUGCCCCUCCGAGAUGAUGGGAACAUGGCCGACGUGCCCAGCCACCCCCAGGACCCCGAGGGUCCAAGCUUGGAGUGGCUGAAGAAACUGUGACCACCUCCGGUGACGUGGAGAAGGCCCCCUCCCCUGUGGCCAAUAAAAUGUGAAAAGCGACCCCAGAA